UUUAUACACGAGUAGAUGAAUCAAUUUAACAAAUCAAAUUACCUCAUAUAUUAGUAAUUAGUUAGAACGAUUUCAAUAAAAAUCCAUAUGAAUAAAAUCAGGAAUACAAACAAAUAAAUAUCUUCUGCAAACAAAUGAAACAAUGAAACACACCUCAUUUCAGUGAAAUUCUCACGAGUCUACGCACAUAGAUAUAUUGGUUAGGGCAGGUCCAAGAUUUCCGGGUUCCAAGUCGCCGGAAUUUGGUGCGAACAUGUACAGAGAUCGAGUCGGAGGGGUCUCAGCAAAGGGCGGCGGGGAGAUGUUGGAUCGGAAGCGAAUCAACGAUGCGUUGGACAAACACCUCGAGAAAUCGGUUCCGUCGGACUCCAGGAACAAGGGUUCCGCUGGCGCCUUUCCGUCCACGUCAGCAGCUGCCGGGAAGCAUUUUGAUCCCCGGGACAAUCGCUCCAGCAAGAACAAGCUCUCUGAGGAGGAAUCUGAAACUGAUAGUGAAGAUUCAGAUGUCAGCGGCUCUGAUGGAGAUGAUACAUCUUGGGUUUCAUGGUUUUGCAACUUGCGCGGGAACGAGUUCUUUUGUGAAGUUGAUGAUGAAUAUAUUCAAGAUGAUUUCAAUCUAUGUGGUUUGAGCAGUCAGGUGCCGUAUUAUGAUUAUGCGCUUGACCUAAUUCUGGAUGUAGAGUCGUCUCAUGGACAAGUUGUUUGUCCAGAAGUUUUCAAGCUGCUUCAUUGGAAUAGUGACAUGUUCACCGAGGAACAAAAUGAAUUGGUUGAAUCAGCUGCAGAAAUGCUGUAUGGCCUUAUUCAUGUCCGGUACGUUUUGACGAGCAAGGGAAUGGCAGCAAUGUUAGAGAAGUACAAAAACUACGACUUUGGAAGAUGCCCUAGAGUUUACUGCUGUGGACAGCCUUGCCUUCCAGUUGGCCAAUCAGACAUACCGCGCUCAAGUACCGUGAAGAUUUACUGCCCCAAAUGUGAAGACAUUUACUAUCCCCGAUCCAAGUACCAAGGCAGUAUCCUUUGCACUUUGUCUGUUAUUUUUUUAUUGCUUUCAUACUUGAGUUGGGUCCUUCUCUUUCAUCCUAUUGGUUUCUCCCAGCUGAUGCUAUGGAAUACGUUUAUUGAUUCAAUUUCCCUUGACUUGCAAAGAUAUCGACGGAGCAUAUUUUGGGACUACAUUCCCACACCUGUUCUUGAUGACAUACGGACACCUCAAGCCUCAGAAGCCAGUACAGAGUUAUGUCCCAAGGGUGUUUGGCUUCAGGCUGCACAAGCCUUAAUGGCCAACUUGUAA